ACCAUAAAGGACUGGUCACACUGUCAUAAACUAGCUUUGUCAGUAAAACCUUAAACCUAAUGUCGGAAUCCACUCUGCCUUCGCACACUGCAUAGAGCUCUACAUUUCCCCUGCCGUCGUCCAAGCAAGGUACUUGCCGUCGAGUCGAACCUUCAAGGUGUUUGUUGAUUUGUGCUUGGUGGUUGAAGAGGAGAGUCAAUAGCAGAACAAAUGGUUGCAAUAAAGCUCACGGACAAGGAGCUCCGAAUGGAAAAGGAGCUUCUGGAAGCAGGAAGCAAGCUUGCAGAUCCUCCAUCAUCUGUUGAUGAGCUCUUGAAUCUCUUAGACCGGGUCGAGUGUUGUGUGUCUAGUGUGGAACAGUCACAUACUGAGCCUAUGCUUAUUGCACUUUCGCCAUUGUUGAAAGCACUGACUGCUGAUAAACUUAUGAGGCAUUCAGAUGAGGGUGUAAGAGUUUCUAUUGCCUCUUGCAUCAGUGAACUUAUAAGAAUAACGGCCCCUGAUCCUCCUUAUGAAGAUGACCAAAUGAAGGAGGUGUUUCAUUUGAUUGUAUCAGCUGUUGAAAAUUUGCAUGAUAUGUCAAGCCGAUCAUAUGCAAAGAGGAUCAAUAUUCUCUAUUUGCUUGCGAAAGUCAGGUCAUGUAUUUUAAUGCUGGAUCUCAAUUGUGAUUUGCUGAUUUUGGAGAUGUUUCAGCAUUUCUUUAAGGAAAUUAGGGAAUAUCACCCAGAGACCGUAUUUUCAUCCAUGGAGACUAUCAUGAACCUUGUCAUUGAGGAAAGUAAUGAUUCGAGUUGGGAUCUAAUUGUUCCAGUUUUAACCAGAGUUCAGGAACAUGAUGAGGGAGUUUCUCCAACAGCUAGAAAAUUGGGGGAGAGAGUCCUGAAGGCUUCUACUAUCCUUAAACUUCAACUUUAUCAAGAAAAGAAAAGCUUGGAAAAUUCUGGGGUUGAUUAUAACCAAGAAAGUGUGUAGCUGGCAUUGAAUAACAUAUUGACGGGGAUAUUUGUAAGAAAUUAUUGAUUGUCUUGUAUAUUAUUACAUUUAUCUAGAAGGAUGAGAGUAAAUCAGCAACUACAAUUGCUGAAAGUCAGUACAGGUUCUGUGUUAGACUGCCAUGAAUGUGAAGCACUUGAGGAAAACAAUGGAUGUCGGCAUGAUGACCGGUUGUUCUAGGACUUUUGGUCCUGAAACUUGUGGAUCUUUACUUUUUUUAUAGUUUCGAGAGCCCGAAACUUGGUGGUGUUCUGAGACUCUCCAAAUCUUCAAGCAACCGGCUUGUCCCUGAAACUUGUUAUUGUACUCAAAGAUUGAAAGGGCACUUUUUCAGAUCUUUCUUUUGUUAA